CCUUAUAUUCGCUCCCACACUCCCCACUCCCCUUCUCCUCGAUCCCAAACUAUAACCCCUCUCUCUCUCUCUCUCUCUCUCUCUCUCUCUCUCAUCUUUGUCUUCGUAGUCGCCUUCGUAGCCAUGGAGACGGGGCGUUGGAAGGGGAAGGAGAUGAUGCGGCUCGAGCGGGAAUCGGUGAUACCCAUCCUGAAGCCCAAGCUCAUCAUGAAGCUCGCCUCCCUCAUCGAGCGCGAUGCGGAUCGAACGGAGUUCUUGAAGCUGUGCAAGAAGGCGGAGUACACGAUUAGGGCUUGGUAUCAAUUGCAAUUUGAGGAUCUAAGGCAAUUGUACACCCUGUUUGAUCCGGUCUAUGGAGAUAAGAGGUUGGAGCAACAGAAUUUGUCUCCGGAUGAGAUUGAUACUUUGGAGCUUAAUUUUAUGACAUAUCUUUUCCAGAUAAUGGAAAAGAGCAACUUCAAGCUAUUAACUGAUGAGGAGUAUGAUGUUGCACAGUCUGGGCAGUAUCUCUUACACCUCCCAAUCAAAGUGGAUGAAACAAAGCUUGACAAAAAGCUCUUGACAAGGUACUUCAAGGAGCAUCCCUGUGAUAACCUCCCUGAAUUUGCUGAUACGUAUAUCAUUUUCCGCCGGGGAAUUGGAAUUGACCGUACAACUGACUACUUUUUUAUGGAGAAAUUGGAUAUAAUCAUCUCCCAUACUUGGGGAUGGUUUCUCCGUGUUUCUAGGCUAGAAAGAUUCUUUCCCAAAAAACAUCACUUGAAAUCCAAAAAAGACAACAAGAAAACUGAUGAAAUAAGUAGUGAAGCUGAAGAACCUGAACUAUUUGUGGAGCGUAUUCGGCUUGAAAACAUAGAGCUGAGCAUGAAAAAUUUUUUAGGCAAAGUUACAAUUCAAGAGCCUACGUUUGAUAGAAUGAUCGUGGUGUACAGGAGGGCUAGCACAGAGACUAAACAAGAACAUGGGAUCUUUGUGAAGCAUUUUAAGAACAUUCCAAUGGCUGAUAUGGAGAUUGUUCUGCCAGAAAAGAAGAAUCCAAGUUUAACACCUAUGGAUUGGGUCAAAUUCAUAAUUUCAGUGGUUGUUGGUCUUGUUACUCUUGUGAGUUCUCUCGAGAGGCCUAAAGCUGACAUCUGGGUGGUUACAGCUAUCUUGUCUGGUCUGCUUGGCUACUGUGCUAAGAUCUACUUCACGUUUCAGCAAAACAUGGUUAUUUACCAAAAUCUAAUCACAAAAUCCGUGUAUGAUAAACAGCUGGAUAGUGGGAAAGGAACACUUCUUCACUUGUGUGAUGAUGUCAUUGAACAGGAAGUUAAAGAGGUGAUAAUUUCAUACUUUAUUUUAAUGGAACAGGGGAAGGCAACAGAACAAGAUCUCGAUCUACGGUGUGAAGAACUAAUUAAAGAGGAGUUUGGGGAGCAAUGCAAUUUCGAUGUUUUAGAUGCAGUAAAAAAGCUGGAGAAGCUCGGAAUUGUUUCCAGGGACUCUGUCAGAAGAAUAUCCUGCGCUCCGCUGAACCGCGCGAAUGAGAUCAUAGGCACGACCACCGAAGAAAUGGUGAUGAGAGCCCAGCAGGGCCCAGGUGCUUAGCAGCUCUCCAGAAGUUAGGUGAACCUCCAGCCGCAGAAAUAUAUGUUCAUCUUGUGCAGUACAGCAGUGUAGUAAUGUAAAGUGAGCUCAUUCGUUCAUUUAACUUCUUUGUAAUGUGUGUUUUCUUUUUGUUUGGUGUUUCUUUCCGACAACCCCCGUGCAAUAUAUUAUAUUAAUGCUUGUAAAAUGGAAACUGUUUAGUAAAUAUUAUAGCAAGUUGUUUCUAGUACAA